AUGGUGGCAUUGUCAUUGACAGAUGAGCUGGAAGAGAGUGAAAGGAAAAUAGGAUUCAUUCCUGCUCAUAUCGAAGAACCUGUCCUCGUAAAGAAGACAGAAGUUGAUCUUGAAAUGGGAUGUUACGUCAAAAGCGAGCGAAUUGGAGACAUUUCUGUCGUAUCAUUCGAUAGACUGACAAAUGGGACCAGGUUUUGUGAGCCAUUUGAGCUGGAUUUCAGUAAUCAUCCAGACAUUGUUGCAGUAUUACUUAGAGCAGGACAAACCCAGAAUAUGGAGGCCAAGUGUUUAUUCUCAUUAAACUUUUCCAUUCCUCAGGCAGUAGAAAUGGCUUUGCAACUAGAUACAGGACAACUAGAAGGUGCUAUAGGACAAGUACUAAAUCAACAAAAGGAAGAAACACCAGAAUCAACAGUGAGAGUAGUAACAGAUGAGGAGAUCACCAACUUAGCCGGCCGUCUACCUGAUGCAAAAUACAGCAAGAUUUGCGAAGAACUGGGUUUCGAUUACAACUACGCACAAAAGGUUAAGACCAAACUUUUUCUGGACUCGACUGCUGCUUUCAAAGAAAUAUUGCAGGAAUGGAAAGACAAAGGUGGAUUCAUCGUUGAUCUUGAUAAAGCUCUAAGGAACUCGGACCUUGAAGGGCUCAUACAUAAAUAUAAGAAACAAAAAUGACAUUUUUCAAUAAGAAUGUGCUAGACAUAUGUCAGCCACUGGCAUAUAGAUUGGGAGGGGCUUCACUACCAAGCAAGAAAAAAGGAGAGAAAGGGAAAGGGAAAGGGGUGAAAUAUAAUGUUUUCUGAUCAUCAUAUCAAAACUUUCACGAGCCACCGUUUUGUCGUUUACUCGCAAGCAUUAUUUUGGGGGGCACAAUAUGCAAUGUCUGGCCCCUCAUUUUUUGGCUCAUUAUGCUUCUGGUGUCAACUAAAUAAGACAGGAAGAGCCGCGGGCAUAGGACUGUAAAAGACAUUUUUCCACCUUGACGUCAAAUUGGAAAGGAUAGUGUCUUUACGAAAAUCUAUGAAAAUAUGAAAAUGAUAUUCCUGCUUUCCUCUCUCACUUUACCCCUCCCCCUUUCUUUCUUUGUCGGCAUUCUUCCUUUUUCGUAUUGCGUAUUUAUAUUGUAUUUUAAACGAACACGUAUCCCGUCAUAAAUUUGGAUUUCACGCCUUCUUCUGUCAACAAAAAAUGCUAUAACAAAUGAUUUUGUUUCAUUCUUAUUGAAAAAUGAAGAAAAUAAAUAUUUAUUUGAAUUGAAUUGAGUUUAUUUUUUAAGAUUCAAGUUGAUACAAAAACACCUCCUUCAUAUGCCAUGUAAUAUCUAUGCAAUUAAUUGCUAUUUAGAAAUAGAUUUCGAUGAAUGAAUAUUUCUUUUGAAUCAUAACAAUAUAAGCACAGUACAUGUAAAAUGAUUAAAACAAUUGUAUUAAAUGGUACUUUAUAGAUAUGGCAUUGUAUGAAUUGUGACAUCUCACAUAAUACCUUCAAAAAAAUGAAAACUUAAAAAUAGAUCAAUUGUGUUUUCUGUCGUUAAUGAUAAAACAUCAUUGAUGUAAUACUUUUCUUUGCUAAUUUCAUUCGAAUUUUUUGAUAAUCCAUAUGGAAGUUUCGCUCCAUUUAUUUACUUUUUAUUUAUUUACUUCUAAUCUUUCAUCUUUCAUUAUUCAUGUUACACUUUGUUUUUUUAUGUUGAAGCUUUGCAUGUUUAUAUCUUUUUUGACAAUGUAAAUUGUGUACAAUUCAACUAGUGGUUCGAUAAACAAUUUGAAAUAUCCAUGAAUAAUAAUAAUAAUAAUAACCAGUUAGGAGCACUCCGGGUUUUGCGAGAGCGACAAUAUCUCGAAUAACAAGGAUCGAUCGUCGCAUGACGUAAUCUUUUAGGAUCUCACCGAAUACCUCUCCUGUACAAAGUGAACGGGGUUUUCUAACAUACCCUCACUAUAGAAAACCAUAUAAAAAAGUUCCUCGAUGGCGGAUUUUUAUUUUCAAAUAUGCUAAAGAAAAUUAAAUGUCUCGUCUAUAUACGAGAUAAGAAAAUUCGCCACCGUGUUGCUUAGAUGCUAUUGAAGAAAAAAGACACGUUUAUGAUG